AUGGUUUUUACACCGUUCACCGGGAUUGAUAACCACAAGAAAAGCAUUACAUUUGCAGCUGGAUUAUUAACAGAAGAAGACAUUGCAUCCUAUGUUUGGUUAUUUGAACACUUUAAGAAAGCAAUGGGUGCAGAGCCAAAAGUAAUUGUUACGGAUCAAGAUCUAGCAAUGAGACAAGCAAUUCCAGUAGUAUUUAAUGAAGCUAGGCAUCGUUUUUGCAUGUGGCACAUUAUGUGCAAGGUGGGUGAAAAGAUUGGUUCUGUGCUAAGUAAGAAUGAAAUUUUUAGGAAGAAAUUGAACUCUGUUGUGUGGAGCUCAUACUUAGAACCUCUUGAAUUCGAGAAUGAAUGGAGAGCAAUCAUGGAAGAGUUUGAUUUAGUUAAUAACAACUGGUUUGUACAAAUGUUUGAGUUGCGAAUAUUUUGGAUACCAGCCUAUUUCAGAGAUGUUCCUAUGGCUGGUUUAUUGAGGACUACAUCACGCUCGGAAGGUGAAAAUGGUGUUUUUAGUCGAUUUACUACCCCUCUCUCUAGUCCUGUCCAGUUUUAUAUGCAGUUUGAGCGUGCUUUAGACUCUCAAAGACACAAUCAUGCAAAACUUACAAGUGAUAGUGAUGGGAACAUCCUAGAAAUGAAGACACCUUUGCUCAUUGAAAAGCAUGCUUCAACUGUAUACACACUCUCUAUUUUCUAUGAUAUUCAGAAGGAAAUAUGCACAACAUGUUUUAAUUUUCGAGUUUUGAGUGUUCGAGAAGAUGGUGGCAUACUAUAUUAUGAGAUCAAAGAUGGCAGUGAUAGAAAGUUUACUGUGGAGCACAAUGUAACUGAAAAGAAAGUUAUUUGUAGUUGCAAGAUGUUUGGAAGAAUUGGAUUGUUGUGUAGCCACACUUUUGUGGUUUUUAAGGAUUUAAACUUUGAUAAAAUCCCUAUGAAAUAUGUGCUGACUCGAUGGACUAAGGAUGCAUCCUUAAAGCCAAUCUUCCAUAUUGAUGGUCUCACAUUUGAUCAAGGUGCAGGAAUGGAUGAGAGGAAGGUGUUGUUAGCACAAUUGUGGGGUGAUAUGCAAUGUUGUACUAGUCUAGCAGAAGAAGCAAAAAUGGAUAAAUUGGUUGAAUUUGAACAAGUGAUUAAACAACAAAAAUUGAUAUUGAUGACUGAACAAGCUGAUUUAUCCCCUACUCAUAGGAAGAAUACAGUCAUAGAGUCUUAUUGUGAGUCAUCUAAGCCUUCCGAGAUCUCUAUUUUACCACCAAGAAAAGCAAAAAAUAAGGGCAGUGGUAAGCGUAUGAAAGGGAAAAAGAAGUUAGCAAUCGAUGCAUCAAAGAAAGGUUUAAGAAAAUGCCAUGCAUGUGAUGCUUACUUAGAAAAUGACAAGAGACAUGACAGUAGGAAUUGCCCACUUUGA